AGUAAACAAACUGAUCACGCCCUCUUUCGACAGAAACGGAAUUCUGAAAAUAUUCAGCAUGGCGUCCCAGUUGGAGGGUUUCGUAAAUUCUGUUGUUAGUUUAAGUGCUGAUGGAAAUUUUAACCAACUGUGUGAAGAGCUCAACAAAAAUCUUGAACUGCUGAAGAAAAAUGUAAGCAGCUUAGACAACGUACUUGGCACAUUGGACCCUCAGUUGCACUCGCUUGGGGUAUUAGCCAUUCUAUAUGCAAAAUAUACUCAACAGGGGUCGUCUGCAAAUGAUUUUGAGACACUUGUUUCUCAGACGCAGCUCUUCCUGUCCAUGUGCAAUGGUGAACAAAUACGUUUUGCAGUGGAAACAUAUGCAAACUUAGCUCAUCAGUUUACGACAAUGUUGAUAGAACAUAAGCAACCCCUCAGGGGGAUUGAUCUUCUCAUCAAGGCAGUCUCCAAAAUUCAAAUGCAUGCAACACAACUCACCUCUAUCCAUGCAGACAUAUGCCAGUUAUGUCUUGCUGCAAAAUGUAUGAAGCCUGCCCUCACUCUUCUGGAUGUGGACAUCACAGAUGUUAGCAAAGAAAUAAGGGGUGGUCAAAGUGAUGUUAGCUAUUUUCUAUGUUAUUAUUACUAUGGUGGAAUGAUAUACACUGCUGUCAAGAACUGGAGUCGAUCUUGUUACUUUUUUGAAGUGGCAAUCACUGUACCUGCAAUGGCUGUCAGCCAUAUAAUGUUGGAGGCAUAUAAGAAGUACAUUCUGGUGUGUUUGAUCCACCACGGCAAGCUACUUAUGUUACCCAAAUACACCUCAGGUGUCGUUAAUAGGUUCAUCAAGCCACUGAGCCAGGCUUACCAUGACCUAGCCAAUUCGUAUGUGAGCAUGAAUCCAGCUGACGUACAAACAGUCGUAGCCAAACACACAGAGCAGUUUACAAGCGAUCAAAACACUGGCCUGGUGAAGCAGGUUGUUGCCUCCAUGUACAGGAAGAAUAUACAAAGGUUAACAAAGACAUUCCUCACGUUGUCAUUGAGUGACAUUGCCAGAAGAUGUCACUUAUCAAGUGCCCAAGAAGCUGAGAAGUAUGUACUUGACAUGAUAGAUGAUGGUGACAUUUUCGCAUCAAUCAACAAGAAAGAUGGAAUGGUACGAUUCAAAGACAACCCAGAAAAAUAUGACAACCCAAGAAUGCUGAUGCUCAUGGACGAGGAGAUGAGGAAAUGUAUUCAGCUUGAUGCCAAACUCAAGGAGAUGGAGCAAGAGAUAACAACAAACCCACAGUUUGUCCAAAAGAGUAUGGGAAUCAGGGAAGAUGAUGAUAUGCCAUCAUUGGUAGCAGGGAGCAAGUGACAACCUGUUGCAGUAGGCCUAUAUAAAUUUUAGAAACUGGGAUGCUCUAGGCCCAGUAAAAUCCAGGCUGGUGAAAUGUGUCAAAUACUAUAAUUCAUCAGUGUUAUGUGUCCAUCGAUGGAGCUUCAGUAUGCCUAGAGGCAUAGACGUGUAUUUUCUGCUACAGUGAGAAAUCUUCCCGCACUAUUUUAUUACAUUCGUUGUAAUGUCAUUUUAUUCGUAGUAAAUACGAGUGUCUCAUCACUUUUAGGAUGAAUGAUAAUACAAAAUGUUAUAUGGGGCGUGUGCUCGGAACUAUGUAGCGAACAUGCCCUGGUACACCACGUCCGUGUGAAGACGCAUACGUCUAAGAUUAGCAAGCAUUUUUCAUGUAUAUUAGAGUAAAAGAAACAGCUAUCGUAGAUGCUUGCAACAUUUUGAGAUAUUUAGCGUGGAUAUAUAGGUAUUCUAUUGAGGCAGAGCUUGUUUAUCAACUAUCGCAGGUAUCUUCAAUGUGCGACCUUUAGCAAGGCUAAAAUUUACACGUGAAGAAAACAGUGAUUUCAAUAGGAAAAUUUUUAGGUUUGUACACAUUUUGUGUAAUAUUUUAUAUAACGCAAAUCUCCUUAUGAAGGUUGGUUGGUUACUUACUGGAUCCUCUUGGCCACCUGGGGAGAAUAGGGCAUCCACUAUGAGUCUCCAACUCACUCGCCUCUGUCCGCAGCCUUUGCCUGGGAUAUCUUAAUCUUUUUUUGGUCAUGUUGGGUAGAGUGGACUGCCCUGGUUUUUUUCUUCCUUGGGGGUUGUAGUCAAGGUCCUGCUUGGUAAUCUGAUGUCUGUAGGGUCUUUUCUUGAAGUAUGGCAUAUUUAUCCCCAUUUUCUUCACCUUAUUGGAUAUUUAUGAAGUUUAAAAGAUAAGAAUUCUGACUGCUAACUAUGAGUAUGCUCAUCACAUUGGGUGGGACUGAGUCAGUUGAUUUGUUUGUAUGUUACAGUUUGCAAAAAUUGUAUACAACAUAACUUAUUCCUGGAUUAUUUGAGAAAAUAGAAGUAUAGCUCUCCACAUCUGUUAAAUCGACAGUUCCAUUAAAAUUGAGCAUCUCCUAAAAACAUACCAUGUACCGGUAUUCAAAUCCUAAUGGGGAUAAACAUUUUCUCAAAGGUACUUUGUUUUCACAACAUAUUCGGUAUUUUAUUGAUGUUGAAUUACACAAUGCCUUUUACAGGUAAAAUUUAAGAAGCGUACACAACUUAGCCUCCGCGCAGUCUGUAGAGCGACUGAAACUUAUUAGGAUAUCGAUGCGCAUGGUGAAACACAUGAGCACUGAGUUCUGUCAGACAAUUGAUAGUAAAGUAAACAUGCAAAUAUAAUGAAAUUAUGGGUUAUUUUUUUCUUGCCUGCAGGAGUGCGAGAGUCCAUCCUAAUUUCAAGGACUUACGACCCCUGGAUUUAUAUAAGCAACUCAGCAAGAGCAUUGAUUUGCUGAAUACCAUCAGAAAAUUAUAGAUAAAUAUUAAUGUUAAUGUUUUUUUUUUCAAUUUAUAACAUGCAAUUUAAAUAAACUUUAUUUUGUUACUAGCUCUGAAAUUCGCAUUUAUGUUUUUCUAAAUUAGUUUGGUUAAUUGAUUAUGUAUUUGUUAAUGAAAUUUCUAUAUAUUAUUGCAGUUUAAGUAAACAUAUAAUAAAGUGUAUGAAAUAUUAAUUGGUUUUUUUAAAAUUAAUACAAAUUAAUUAACACUGUAAUGACUGAUCCUGUCAAAGGUUUUUUCUUCACACAAGUUCAUAUGAAGAUAGAGGGCGGUAUUUUGAAAUGACAGCUCUAAAACUAAAUCCAAAUUUUGAAGCUAAUGAACUUGAAAGAUAAAAAAAACUGAAUUGUAUUUGUUGAAUUGCUUUCUACAACACUGAUUACAGACAGUUUGUGGGAACAUUGCAGGCAGAAAUUGCGCUGUCUGCAGUUGGUACUGUAUUUUUCAGGGAAGGAUCAAGAGAAAAAUUUGGGUAAAGGUUAUGCAUCGUGCGAAGCAGUAAACAGAAGGGUGGGGUUGUAGUGUUUUGGGAUUUUUGUUUAGAAAUGCUUGAACAUAGACAUUGGUAUUAGUAAAAUUAGCUUGUUUUUGAGUACCGUGCUCCCUUCUUUCUCCUUUCUUUUCUUUUCUCUCUUGUAUUUAUUUAUUUAUUUAUUUUUUGGUUGGUGACUAAUCCCCAUUACGUUUCCCCCCCCCCCUUCCUCUGGAUCCGCCCCUCUAUGUACGUUUUCCCACCGAUUAACAGGCAAUACGUUUUUUCUGUGUUCUUUACAUAGACCCGUAAAUUACGAGUAAAUUCAUUUGAAGAAUACAUAGUAAAAAGCCUCUAAAUCACUAAAUUGUUUUGAAAUUGUUUGUGUUUUCCCCUGAUUUUACUACAACCAAUAAACCUUCAAUGUCCAUAUUACAGUAUGUACAUUUUUUUGUUGCAAAUGAAAAGUAUUUCAUUUGAAAAGAUAACUAUUAUACCAUAGCAAACAUGGUUAUAUUAAAAAUUAUGAAACGAAA